CCAAUAUUUAGUCCAACACUAAUAGAAAAAAGAAGUCUGCUCUAUGAUUAACAGCUUGUCAAUUUCAGCUGUCAUCGCUCAGCUCUAUAGUCUUUGCAGCAUAGCUGAAUGAAGAUAUGUGUUUGUGUUAAAUGGUUGUGAAACAAAGAGAUUUAUACGAAAUAAAUGAGGCUCGGUAGAGAUUUACUGUUUAACAUUACUCAUGAGUACGGAAGAGACUCUGUUGAAUCUCGAUUUCGACAAACCGAACACAACAAUUACGCCGCCCGAUGACGGUGUGGUAUCUUUGUCGAGUAGUUCGGAGGAGAUUUGUUUAGUGCCAGAGGUCGGGUUCGAGGGCAACGUGGAUUCGCCAGGGGUGAACAGAGAGUCGCAGCCGCUGCUAGGCGGCCGCGGCGACUUCGAAGUUUCUUUCAAUCAUUUUCCAGAUGACCCGCAGUUCAGCGAGUUGGUAUGGCAGGCGGAGGUGGCCAUCGACAAUGGAAUCUUCCCCGAGAGGAUAUACCAGGGAUCCAGCGGGUCCUAUUUCGUCAAAAAUCCCGGAGGGAAAAUCAUAGGCGUAUUCAAGCCGAAAGACGAGGAGCCGUACGGCCGGCUCAACCCGAAGUGGACGAAAUGGAUGCACAAGCUAUGCUGUCCGUGCUGCUUCGGGCGGUCGUGCCUCAUCCCCAACCAGGGGUACCUCAGCGAGGCGGGCGCCAGCCUCGUCGACUCCAAGAUAGGCCUCAAGAUUGUGCCAAAGACUAGGGUGGUGAAGCUAGUAUCGGAGACGUUCAACUACCUGCGGAUAGACCGCGAGCGGUCGCGGCUCAAGCGAGCCAUCACGGAGCAGUUCCCCAAUCUGCGCUUCAAUAGAAUGGGACUACCGCCUAAGGCGGGAUCAUUCCAGUUGUUCGUGGAGGGCUACAAGGACGCGGACUACUGGCUGCGGCGCUUCGAGCAGGACCCGCCGCCGCCGCAUGUCAUGAGGAAAUUCCAGCUACAAUUCGAGCGUCUAGUAGUGCUAGACUACAUAAUCCGCAACACGGACCGCGGCAACGACAACUGGCUCAUCAAGUACGACUCGCCCAGCCUGCCGCCGCCGCAUGCCGAAAUGGACCUUAGGGACCCCAGUGAGUGGACGGGCGCGGAGGUCCGCAUCGCCGCCAUAGACAACGGUCUGGCGUUUCCGUUCAAGCACCCCGAUUCGUGGCGAGCCUACCCCUACCACUGGGCCUGGCUGCCGCAGGCCAAGCAGCCCUUUAGCCACGAGACUAAGGAGCUAGUACUUCCACUGUUAUCAGACAUGAACUUCGUGCAAGAGCUGUGUGAUGAGCUACAUCUAUUGUUCAAAGACAAAGGCUUCGACAAGGGUCUGUUCGAGCGGCAGAUGUCCGUCAUGCGAGGCCAGGUCCUCAACCUGACCCAGGCCCUCAAGGACAACAAGAGCCCCGUGCAGCUCGUGCAGAUGCCUGCCGUCAUCGUCGAGAGGUCCAAGAGCGGUUCGACGUCGUCUCGUUUCUUCGACUCGUUCCAGCAACGUUUCCAGCACAAGUCGCCCUUCUUCUCCUGGUGGUGAACAACACCGCUAGAUAGGUGUAUAUCAAAAAAAUGGUGAUAAGUUCCACUGAAGCUGAUAACGUAUAGAUGUAAACACAACUGUAUGUAUGUAUAAUGUAGACUAGAACUAUUGUAAACUAGCUAAUACUGCUCGAGAGGUAGAUCAAACGCUGUUGUGUAUGAUACGAUUAGUUGCACAUAGUUGUAUGUUCUUAUUUCUUUACAUUCAUUAUUUUCCUUUCAUUUCUAAGUAAAUAGACUGUAAUGUCCUUUUGUCAGUUUGUUUCUAAGAACGAACGGUAUCCAAAGUAUACAAGCUAAAAAAACUUGAUACACACAGAAUCCGUCAAAUUUCUUCAAUGAUUUUCAACCUUAUAAAAAUAGUGGAAGGUAAAUUUUGACAGUAUUGGGCAACAUUAUAUUUUGGCUCAAGGAACACUGACAAAACAUCCCAACAUUUUCUUAAACAUUUUCAUUUCUAUAUUUCUUAUAGGUCAAUAUUUCUCGCUACUCAUCGUAUCGUACGUAACAAGGCGGUUAAUAUUAUAAUUUUUAUGAACGACAUCGCCUACAAUCCUUGGCUAAAAUGUUUAUUUUUUUAAUAAUUUUAUUAUUAUUUGUGAUUUAUGCUUCUUAGGGGAAUGAGAGCUCAGCUCUUGUAGAUUUAAUUUCUGAUUACUUUUUAAUUAUAGAGUUGUUAUGAAUCCUGUGAGAUGGUGUUUUGUCGAUUGGGAAUAUAAGAUACAAUAUUGUUUAGCA